GCAGCAGUCCAAUGCAGAUCAGUCCACCGUAAUAAGUUUACUGUGAUGAUUGAUGAAUGAUGAUAUCUCUGGCGUCAUGCCCGCUCGCGGCUCGCACCUAGCAGUGUCGCCGCCUCGCCGUGGACGACGGAUAUCGCGGGCGCGGCACCCCCGUUCCCGUCCUCGUUCGCUUGUCUGAUCAGAUCCCCAUCUGGCCGUUCACGAAGGCACGCAGCCGAGCUCGCAGCGCACGCAGGGGGCUGGGAGAACCGGACAAGUCAGAAGGUCCACCCGCGACGCGACCGCGACCCGCAAGGCGGGCGAGCCCGCCGAGGCGGAGGAGGGCGCCUCGAGAUCUCCUCCGCGCGGCUCGCGGGUCAGAAGCAGCGAAGUCGCAUUUGUAAAUUCAUCAUCGUCCCCGACUCCCCGCCUGCAAAAAUUCUGCUGUGGCCUCCUGCCCUCCUCGUUUGCCUUCCAUUGCCUGAAAUCCCAAUUCCGAGAUUCCCAAAUUGCAGGACCCCACUGCUAGUGCUAGGUUCCCACUCCGCGCGCGCCGGCCCAGUUAACCCCCGUCCGCGGCCGCGGGUUGACUCGCAAUCGGAAUCGCAAGCGUCCGGAUCCGGGCUCACACCUCCGACCGACAGCCACCGCGCAGAAAACAAGGCGGAGACCCGGCGAUAAAUCCCCGCGCCCCAUCCUUUUCCGUUCCCCACACCACCACCGAGUUCACCGGGGCUGGAGGAAGCGUCUACAGGACAAGCAGGAUCAGCAUCGCUUCAUGUGACUGAUUGGUUGGUUGCGCCGGCCUGCGAGGAUCUAGCACCGAGUUCAGGGAGCACUUCGUGAGACUUGUUCAUUCGUCUUGAGGUGCUGGAGCCGUCACGUUGUGGUAGUUGAGAGGAACCUGUCCAAUUUCCAUAGUUGCGAGGAAAGAUUCCUGAGAUGUCUACUCUCUCAGACCCCUCAAAAGAAGAUACUUCACCUGAGGGUUCAGGUACUACCCAGAGAAAUGGAGCCUGGAGUAACACAUUGAACACUCUUCUGCAGCAAGCCUCAGUAUAUGGUGUGGCCGCUGGGUAUUGUUUAUCAGCGUCCCUGCUCUCGAUCAUCAAUAAAUGGGCAAUCAUGAAAUUUCCAUAUCCUGGAGCCCUGACAGCUCUGCAGUACUUCACUAGUGUUGCUGGAGUUCUCCUAUGUGGACAGCUCAAGCUCAUUGAGCACGAUGGACUUAACUUGAGGACAAUGUGGAAGUUCUUACCUGCUGCUGUGAUGUUCUACAUCUCCAUCUUCACAAAUAGUGAACUCCUGCUUCAUGCCAAUGUGGAUACUUUCAUUGUGUUCCGCUCUGCUGUGCCUAUAUUUGUCGCGAUCGGAGAGACGCUGUAUCUUCAUCAGCCAUGGCCAUCGCUCAAGACAUGGCUUUCACUCUCCACAAUACUUGGUGGAAGUGUGAUCUAUGUUUUCACAGACAACCAAUUCACUGUGACUGCUUACACCUGGGCAGUGGCCUACCUAGCAAGCAUGUCCAUUGAUUUCGUGUACAUCAAGCACGUCGUAAUGACCAUUGGGCUGAACACAUGGGGCCUUGUGCUAUACAACAAUCUCGAGGCUUUGAUGUUAUUCCCCCUUGAGCUCCUUAUAAUGGGAGAAUUUGAUCAGAUGAAGGUCGACAGCUCCAAGGUGUCAAACUGGCUGUCAUUCGAUGUGGUCCUCCCUGUUGCUCUUUCAUGCCUGUUUGGACUAUCGAUAUCAUUCUUUGGAUUCUCCUGCAGACGGGCUAUUUCUGCUACCGGGUUCACAGUGCUUGGCAUAGUGAACAAGCUCCUGACUGUUGUUAUUAAUUUGCUUAUCUGGGACAAGCAUGCCUCUUUUGUGGGCACCAUUGGGCUCUUGAUAUGCAUGUCAGGUGGCGUGCUCUACCAGCAAUCCACCAUGAAGCCGAAGGCGCCCAAGGUUGAGCCGAAGGAAGAGAACGACAACGACGAGGAGCAGCAGAAAUUGCUGCAGAUGCAGGGUGUUCAAGAGAGCAAUCCAACUCAGAAAUAAAGCUCUUCAUAAACCUUACAACGAAGUAAUGCUUUGAUGGAUUACCUUCUUUGCAACAGCCUCACCUGAAACGUUUUUGUAUUGGCUAAUACUUGGAAAAAAGCAUAUGGAUGAGUAGUCAUGAAUUAGGAGCUACAAAAUAUCAUGUUUUUGAUAUUAGAAGUCGUGAGGGGACCUAAUUAUCACUAUGCAAUUCUUUAUUACUGUAUUACCACUUACAUUUGUAACGCAAAAUCGUUAUGAUAGGAUACCAGGUACUCGGCAAAUACCUGCAUUGAAUACUUCCUAUACAAAAGCAUCCGUCUCAUACAGUUCGGGGGUGACAGUGGUAGUAUGAUCUGUUUUUAGGCAUUUCUCUGCUGGAGUUAGCCUAUAUGUUCUGUAACUUAUUGUUGGUGAUGAAGACAUUGGUUCUUGUGCUAAAUAGAGUUUUCUUAUCAUC